CAUUCAAACGUGCUCGGUUCGCGUGGCGCUCAGUUGGCGGGAACUUGCUUUGUUUUAAGCCGGCAAAUUAAACAGACAAAAUAAUAAAAAAGAAUAAAAAAAUGUUAAUCCAACGGCUUUAUUUACAUUGCUGACAAACUGCAUUGAGACAGUAAGCGCUUGUGGAUUAUUAAACAAAAAAAUCAUAUAACUUGCAGUUCAAUGUGAUUAGAGCAAAAAUAUGUGGCUGAUAACAAUUACAUAUGUAUUAAAAAAGAAUAAAUAGGUCUUCAGAGGCACACGCAACGCACAGAUUUCUCGACAACGACGAUGAACAACCGCAACAACUCAAUCAUCGGCAUCAACAGGGAAAGCAACAACAAUAACAGCUUUACAAUACUGCGCUUUCUGCUGGUGGCAGCGACAGCGACAACAGUACAAGAAGCGCCCAAAGCCACAGUAAUAGUAUUCCAAGCUUCAGUGGCAGCCUCAUCGCGAAUCCAGCCAGCGGCAGCAGCAAAAACAUCAACAGCAACAGCGCUGACACAAGUAAAAUAAUUGCCGACGCAUUGGUGAGUCGCGCGCUUGCAUUGAAUCCGCUCAGCAUGUCGAACUCGCCCGAAGUGGUGGGAGCAAGUGUGGGUGUGGCUGCAGGAGCACAUGUAGAUGUGGACGUGGGCGCUGACGAGACACCGCUCGAGUCCUACGACGGCCUCGACGCAAUUAAUGAGAGUACCGAACUGCAGUGCCUGCUGCAGCAGCACAUUGAUACAACGACCUACGGCAAUGAUAGCGCCUACUGCCUCACCCACUUCGACUCGAUCCUUUGUUGGCCUCGCACGCCGCGUGGCACUUUGGCGGCGCUGCCGUGCCUGCACGAGUUCCAAGGCAUACAGUACGACAGCUCGCAGAAUGCGACGCGCUUUUGCCAUGCUAACGGCACAUGGGAGAAAUAUACCAACUAUGACUUGUGCAUGCACCUGCCCGCGCCCUCCACUGUACCUGAAUUCGAACCGAUCAUCGAGUUGCCAACGAUAAUUUACUACAUUGGCUACACCAUCAGUUUAGUCUCAUUGACGCUGGCGAUUAUUGUCUUCGCCUAUUUCAAGGAAUUACGCUGUUUACGCAAUUCAAUUCACGCCAAUUUAUUCUUCACAUACAUAAUGUCGGCGUUGCUGUGGAUACUGACUUUGUCCGUACAUAUUUCCAUACGAACGGGCCUAGGAGGCUGUGUGGUUCUUGUCACGCUAUUUCAUUUCUUCACCUUAACCAAUUUCUUCUGGAUGCUCGUUGAAGGCCUUUAUUUGUACAUGCUGGUUGUGAAGACAUUUUCCGGCGAUAAUAUACGCUUCAAUAUAUACGCAAUCAUCGGCUGGGGUGGACCCGCAGGUUUCGUUGUCAUUUGGGCAAUUGCCAAGGGAUUGACGAUAUCCUACGAUGUGGAGAAGUUCGACAUCGGCUGUCCUUGGAUGCGUGAAACCCAUGUGGAUUGGAUUUUUCAGGGCCCAGUCUGCGCGGUGCUGAUAAUGAAUUUAAUAUUUCUACUGAGAAUUAUGUGGGUGUUGAUAACGAAGCUCCGAUCCGCCAACACAGUGGAGACGCGCCAAUAUCGUAAAGCAGCCAAGGCAUUGUUGGUGCUCAUUCCGCUCUUCGGCAUCACCUACUUGGUGGUGUUGGCGGGCCCCAGCGAAAGCGGGGUCAUGAGUCACAUGUUCGCCGUCGUGCGCGCGCUGCUGCUCAGUACACAGGGCUUCGCAGUGUCAUUGUUCUAUUGUUUCCUAAACUCCGAAGUGAGAAACACGCUGAGGCAUCACAUUUCCACGUGGCGCGACGAGCGGAAUAUCCAACUAAAUCAAAGCAGAAGAUACACCACAAAGAGCUUCUCAAAGGAUUGCUCGCCGAGAACCGAGAGCACACGGCCACUCACAGCUUACUAUGGCAAAGGCAAACGCGAGUCCAGCGUCUCAUCGGCCACCACCACCACCCUGCUGGGCCACAACCAGAGCCUGAGUGUGAACGCGAACAUCAGCGCUGCGAUGGCGUUGCAGCACAGUUCUAACGGCACUUUGCACACGAUGCCCACCGUGACGGCGCUGACCGUUAUGCCGCGAGCGAUUAGUCCGCUCAUGAAGCAAGGACUCGAGGAAAAUUCCGUAUAAGGGAACACAAAUUAUAAAGAACUAACAUCUAUGAGUAGUAUAGUAUUAAGCAAUCUCUUUAGUUAAAUGCUAAGUUAAAGUGUAUUAGAAGUAAGACAAUGUCAUUAGCUAAUCAAAAGCGGAAAGGGAAAUUAUUAAACGCAAACUAACGAAUUUACUAUAAGUACUAGAACUUUUUUAACACACUGUACUCUAAGCACCACUUAAAUGUAAAUAUUAUUUAAAAUAUUGUAAUGGUAAUUAUAGAAUUGCUGUAAUUGUAAUUAUAAAAUUGUUGUAAUUAUAGAAUUGUAAAUAAUUGCUAAUUUUUUGUAAAUAUUGCAUUCAUAUGUGUGUUAGCUUUGGAACUUGAGCACGAAUACUGGCCUUCAGUGAACUUCAGUGUGAAAUAUUGAGAGAAAAUGACUUGAUAUUUGUAAAUGAUUCCUGUCAAUAGUUAAAUGUGUGUAUAUGUACAAGUAUAUGGUUAAAAUAAAAAACGAAAUUAACAAAUUAUAUAAAUGUGGUAUAUGUGUUUAAUUGUGUGUGUGUGUGUGUACUCUAAGUAUAUGUAAAGUUACUUAAAUAAAGUAUAUUCGCUUGAAUUUUUUUUUUCAUUAUAAAUUUUUUACAAAUUCUGAUAUUUUCCAGCUUCACUAGUGCCCUACUUUAAGAAUAGUUAGUUUUUUAUCUUGUUUACUUAGUACAAUUUUUCUAUAAGUUAAGACAGUUAUUCUAUGUAAAUAUCUUUUUAUGGAGAUAUUUUUGUUAUAUGCUGGGCAGUCGAAAAAGUUUUUUCGUAUUUCUAAUCAAACUUUAACUUAUUUUUUUAUAUUUAUACUAAUAAAUAAAUAAACAAAUAUGUACCAUUUUGGUCGAUCACUUUUUGCCAUUUUUCCGCUAGAGAUAUUAUUUCAUCAGUGUAAAACUUUUAUCAGUGUAAGUCGAAAUUCCGAAGUUUCCAGAACAGAAGCGAGCGAACCAUUGUUAUGCUACACGAACUGAUACAGCAUUGUCUCCGUAAACUUCACAAAUUUCUUUGGUGGCUUACGUGACAUUCUUCUUUUUUCGACUACCCUAUAUUUAAAUAUCUGUAUAUUGUUUCUAAAACACAUUGUAAAAGAAUACUUUAUU